UCUGAGUGUGUUGAACCAGCUUCUCUACCUCAUCAGACUUUACAGAUCUUGAGCUAAAAGCUAAAAUGGGACGUUUUUUCUAGGAACUAAUGUGGGCGUGGCGUUUGUUCAUUGCAAGGAGAACAACAAAGGAAUAACCCGCUUUGAGUUUCUUGGAGUGAUUCACAAUGGAUAUAAUACUGAAUUAUUCACCCGAACUGAUUCAAAGGAUGGGAUUGAUCAUAUCGCAACAGAUUGUUGACGACUUCCGUAGAAUUCAAAUUUUUUCUGUGGAAGAAAGUAGUUUCAUAUUGUCAGAUGAGGUUGACCAACGUGUUGCUAGAAGACUGAUUGACAUACUUUUAAAAAAAGGAAAUACAAGCUGUGUUCAUUUUCUUGAAUUCCUCAAAACAAGGGACCCAUAUUUUUAUGAGGAUCUUCUAGGACAAUGUGCUAUAAGUGUUGGUGUAAAUGAAGAAGAACUGGAUAUGUUGGCUGAAGAUUUAAAAAAUCUGUAUACAGCCCCUGUCUUUCAAAGGUUCUAUCCACUGGGUAAAAAGACUGGCAUUGAUAUUCUCUUUGAUAUGGAAGAGACAUUCACAGAACCUAAACUAUGGGUGAAAAACACAAAAAAUGAUAGAGUGAAAGGGUUAAAUUUAGAUGAACUUUUAAAUGGAUUCAAGAGGAGUCCUUGUGUUAUUGAAGGGGAAGCCGGCAAAGGAAAAACAACUAUUUUAAAAAAAAUUGCUGUUCUUUGGGCUACUGGUGAGUGUCCCGCAUUGAAGAGGUUCCAACUGGUUUUCUUUAUUACUUUAAGCAGUGCAAGUGAAGGGCUGUAUGAAACUCUAUGUGACCAGCUUUUCAGUGUUGAUAAAAAAUGGAGCAAAAAAGCAUUCAUGGAAAAAAUAUGGAAAUUAAGAGAGAAAGUGUUGUUUUUAUUGGAUGGAUAUGAUGAAUUUCAAUCUCAGAACUGCCCAGAUAUUGAAUUUCUUAUUAAAGAAAAUCAUAAAUAUAAAAGCAUGGUUAUUCUCAGCAUUAGAACAGAAGCAAUUAGGGAAGUGAGAAAGUACACUUCUAUUAUUACCGAAACAGGUGAUUUUACGCAAGAAAAUGCUGCACAGCUAAUUAGAAAUGUUUUAUAUGAAGCUCAAGCCAAUGAUUUGUUAUCUUUGUUGGCAGAAUCAGCUUUCAUGAAUAAUCUUAUGAAAACGCCAUUGUUUGUAAUAAUUGCCUGUGCUCUUCAGAUGGGAGAAAGCGAUUUUCAGCUGAACACUCAAACAACAUUGUUCUGUACAUUGUAUGACCUGUUGGUUGAAAAAAGCAGAGAAAAACUAACAAACAGAAGCAAUGACUUCAUAGCAGAAAACAUACGAUUUUGUGGAGAUUUGGCCCUAGAUGGACUCUUUAAGCACCAGUUUGACUUCUAUGAGGGUGACUUGCUCAAUAUUGAGGAAGAAAUAUUACUAAACAUUGGCCUGUUAAAUAAAUACACUGCUCAGAGAUUGAAGGUUGUUUACAAAUUUUUUCAUACAUCUUUCCAGGAGUAUGUAGCUGGAAGGCGACUUUCUGAACUUCUAUCAUCGGACAAUAAUUCUGAAGUUGCAAAAGGAAACAUGUACUUGAUCAAAAUCAACUCCAUUUUUGAUAUAACCACUAAAUAUAACAAUCUGCUUCUUUAUACUUGCGGGUCAUCCAAAAUUUCCACUCGUAAGGUGUUAGAACACAUGGCAAGAGUAUAUGAAAAUGAUACAGAUAGUCAUAACCCAGAGUUUGUUGAGUUUGGAGUUAGCCUUUUUUAUGAAAGUUCAACUAAAUCCACUUUGAGUGAAGACUUUGAAAAUUUCUUCCGUGAUAAAACCUUGUUAAUUAACCCCUACAAUAUAUCUUCUCAACAUACAGAUUUUUUUCAGUUUUUACCAAAUUGUCUAAAUGCAUUAAACCUCAUCCAUUUAGAUCUAUGUGGCAAUUGUAAUACAAGUGACUGUUUGAUGGACGGAAACACAGAUGAAAACCCAAAUGUAUGCAACAUUAAUGAGAAGAUUGUCAAGUUGUUUUUUGAUCAUAGGCAAAACAUUCAGACUUUAGAGGUCACGCUAAAGAACUUUAAUGAUCUAAGUAAAAAAGAUGUAAAAUACCUUGGCAAAAUAUGUAGCUCUGCUAAUAGACUAAGACUCAACAUUCAACAGAGUGCAGGAAUCACGGGAACUCUUACAGAUGUUUUGAAAACUUGCAAAAACAUGCAGGAUCUAAUUGUUGACAGCACACCACUGAACAUUGAAGAUGAGAGACAAAUUGUGGAUGUGGCAGUGAUGAAGACAUUAAGUAUAAUGAAUGUUCAAACUGAACACCAACCAGGUGGUCUUUUGUAUGGAUUGUUUAAAUUACAAGGUAUCGAGAAGUUGGUUUUACAGAAUAUAAAAUUGACUGAAAAUGAUGCAGACAUGUUGGCUUCUGGCAUAAAGCACUUAAACAAGUUAAGAAUAUUACAACUGUCUGAUGUACCUGAAAUUGGAAAAGGUAUGGACUUCAUAGCAGAGGCAAUAUCAAACACUUGUUGUGAACUUGAAGACCUUAAACUAACCAACUGCUGCUUGACUGGAAGAGCUUUGAAAACGAUUUCACAGAGUAUGAUCACUUUCCCUAAUCUUCAAAUGAUAGACUUCUCUAAUAAUUAUUUGGAAGAAGAUGGAGAACAGUCGAUGAUGGACUUUGCCCAGGCUUUAACUCCAGUCAUAAAAACACUAUUGUUACCUGGAGGCUCCAGAGUUGCUGCCUGCCUAGAUACGUUACUUGAAAAGCUUACUGAGAUGCAUGGACUGACAAAGCUUGGCUUUAAAAGAUGGAACCUGACAGAUGAUGACAUAGCAAAGCUAGCUUCUGCUUUGAAGAAUAACUUUCAGAACCUUUCAUUCUUGGACCUAUCAGAAAAUUGCGCUACAAAUGAAGGUUGGUUGACGUUGACAAAGUCACUGAGAAAUCUGAAGGACCUAACACAUUUGAACUUCAGCACACAGGACGUUUUUGUUCCAGACUCUUUCUUAGUGAUAGAAUUGAGUAGAGCCAUAUCUCAAUUAAAUGUUAUGUCAUCAAUUGAAGUGGUUAAUUGGGUGCUUGAUGAUUCUGACUUGCGAACUAUAAGUAAUGCAAACACAAAAGCACAGGUGAAAAAAGCAAUAGAGAGCUAAAUAUUUGUUUUUUUAAAGUGAUGGUAAAUCCCUGGCAUUUGUGAAAUGCUAGGAUUUGCCAGUGCAACAAAUAAAGGGGACUUUCAGUGAUGAAGUAUAAACUACUUCAUGCUGAAAUUUCCUUUAUUUGUCAGGCUGCCCGUCGCAGAAUGUUAUUUUAUUACAGGGGUGAUUUUUCGCCAAUAGUGUGCUAGCUAUCUGGCAUAAUGCCAGCUGGCCCACACGGCUAUUGGUUAAGAGGUGGAAACGUCACCUCAUUGAAAAAAAUAACGUUCUGCUGUGGGCGGCCUGAGGCACUCUGCGCGGCUAACGUUUCAGACAAAUAAAGGAACUUUCAGCAUGAAAUAUUUACCACCCCUUUAAGUCAUCUGAAUAGACUAUCGACAUAUUUUUUACCAUUAUUUCUGAAACAAUGCUGUCAUUUGUUUCAUAACAUGCUUUCCUAAAUCUGAAUUAUUUUAUCAUAAGUUAUUUUAAUACCGCUAUGGAAAUAAUGUGUUUGUAGGAAGAGGUGGAAAAAUCUAGAGAGAUAAUUUUUUUUAAAUUAAACUAUAUUGCAAUAUGUUCCCUAAAGUUAGUACAUUUUAUAAUAGUAAUUUACUUUAUUGCAUUGCCUUUGAUUGAUCAAAUUUUAGCAAAAAGUCAUGACCAGGCUUAUUUUUUUGUGUUUAUUUUAUACAGUUGAUUAUAUUGUAUUUAAAUAGUGUCCAUUAGGUUUCAUUACAUUAUUUAACCAGCUAUAGUGAAUGUCUUUUAAAAUAUGAAUACAUUUUAACAAAAUAAAAAAAUGAAUGCCGCAGUGCUGAGUGUAAUUGCAUAUAAAGCAGAAGUAUAAAACCAAGGAAUCCCUUUUCCUUUAGUAAAGGAAGUAUU